CGCGAGUGUUCGUAGUGUCCGUUCAGUGUAGCGGCCGACCGACAAGACGUCGAACAACUGUAGCAGCAGGUUGUUUUAAAAAUGCGCCUUCUGCAGCCUCUAGCGUUUCUGUGCCUGCUCUCGGCACUUGUCACACAGGGCGUGGACUGCGAGCCGGUGCUGGCGACCGUCUACUACGAGGCCAAGUGCCCCUACUCACGUGACUUCGUGGUCCAGCAGCUGCUGCCCGCCGUUCUCCGGGACCCGGAGCUGAUCCGGCCGGUUCUCGUGCCUUUCGGGAAGGCCAACGUAACUGCCACCCCGGAGGGCUACGACUUCGCGUGCCAGCACGGACCAUCCGAGUGCCUGGGGAACCGGCUGCACGCCUGCGGCACCGCCCUGGCCGCCAGCCGCACGCUGCAGAUCUCGUACGCCGCCUGCCUCAUCAGCGACUACACCGACGUCCAGGCCGCCGCGCAAGAGUGUGCUGACGAGUUGGGCCUGCCGUUCUCAACCAUUUCCGAGUGCGCAAACGGUACAGCUGGUAGCGAACUGAUGAGGGCGUACGGGAACACCACGAAAGACCUGAGCCCUCCGCUGACAAGUGUCCCGACAGUCACACUGAACGGGAACAGAGGCAACCAGACGGCCAUCUUGUAUGACUUCUGGGAAGAAGUUGUUAAGCUCUCCCAAGAAACGGAAGGGAGGAGUGGCUCCAGCCGCAGCGGAGGGCGGUCGGUGGGCUCGAUGCCUCUGCUGCUGCUGCUGCUGCUGCUGCCAUUCUGGGGCCUGCUGGUGCGGUACGAGCAGUAGCGGGGCGCCGUGGCCGACCGCGUCUCAAGCUGGCGAAGUUCACAGCUCGUCGUGGGAGCGGAAAGGUUGGAGACUAACAAACCCAACAUGCUGUACAGGCUACUGCUACUCGUUUAGUAAUUGUUUUAUCUCAGGAGUCUUAGUUUCUAGUAAUUUCUUAAGUGACUGGAACUGGUUAUUGUUUCACGUUAAUUUUAUUUGAUAUUAUAUUUUCUGGUAGUUUUUCAGAAGUGUAUAGUGAUGCAGAAAUCAAUGUACAUGGAUUCAAUGAGGACUGUCAUGUAGCCAUUCAUAAUUUGCUACAUUUGUCAUUGCUUCUUCUGUCACACUAACGGGAGUAAUUCAUUUGCAGUAUGUUCAGUUAAACCUGAUUUGUUUUACAGUGCUCUAGUUAUACUAAUAUACAUUUUUCAAGUAACCAGAACUUGCUAAGUAAAGUCAUAUCACAAAUCAAAUUUACUCACAGAACCAUAGGAUUAAUGCCACACAAAUAUUUACAAAUUCAAGAGUCAGUUUCCUCAUCUUAAUUCUCUCUCUCUCUCUCUCUCUCUCUCUCUCUCUCUCUCUCUCUCUCUCUCUCUCUCUCACACACACACACACACACACACACACACCCACACACACACACACACACACACCCCUUAUGAAUGAGAGGAAAAUGGAAUGCAAUAGUUACCUAAAAGUGCUGAGAGUGAGUGUUGUAAUACAUCGGACAGAGUGGAGUGACUUCUGUCAUUGAAAGGUGGUGUCAAUUUAAAUAAUUAAUUAAAUUAUGAGAGUAAUGUAACGUUUGUAAAUAAAUGAUGUAUGCAACAUAAAAAAUUCAUUGUGCAUUAUUUACCGAUAAAAUAUAUUGAAAAAGAUCGUCAUUGAGAACACAAUCACAGUAUACAUAUCAAGAACAGAUAAUUAAUGAUAGUAAAAUGAGAAAAGAAUGUACUGAAAACAUGAUUCCUAUAUUUUUAUGUAAGCCAUUAAUACAAAUUAUACUGAAGUUCUUUUGGUCUUGAUAUCUCGUUUGUCAUCCAUCUGACAACUAAAAUAAAGGACUACUAGAAGUAUUAGGCAAAAAAUAUAUUGGAAAAAUUUGUCUUCGUAAUGAGUAGUUAAUGUACAUGCUAAAAGCAAUGUAUGCUACAGGUUCUUGAGAGAACUUGUGUACUCUCAUUUCUUGUAACUAACUUUACGUUUGUGCUCUUGUGAUCUGAUAUGUUUCAGUUAUUUACUAUAAGAAUCUAUUGUGAUUUCAUGCCUAAAAUCAUCUGAGAUGUACUGUAAAUAAAGAAAUUUUUAUUAUAAAAGGAUGUAAAAAGUGCCCAGUGCAGUUGGAAUGUUCAGCUAUUCUCUUGGACAAUACGGUCUAGGACAGGGAUAUGUUUUCCAGAUGGUUAACUUAUCAAAAUUUAUUUAAUGUUGGUAUCCUAUUUAGUGUUGGCAUUAUGAUAAUAUACUACAUGGGAUUCAUUAGAUAACACAUUCAUAUAUACCCACAUAUAGCAAGAAAUAUUUACUAUGCCUUUCUCUGUAAUUUGAGUAUACCAGAUUUUUCCUAUGAAGGUAUUAUUCAUGUAACUUAUGUAAUUUUUUGGAGAGGACUCGUGGCUUUUAAGUAUAAAUAAGCUAUAAAAUUAGCAAUGUUGCUAACAUUUUAGUUUAUUUGAAUGGGUAACUGGUUUGAGCUUUGCCAUCACCAUCAGUUCCCAAAAAAGUAGUGUCGGCAGAAGGCUCAUAGUUGCAAGCUGACAGUUCAUGAUUACACAUCCUCUGUGUCACUGCAUUUUUAGGUGCUGAUGAUGUCUGCAUGGCCAAAACACGAUCUGUUCAAGUAAACAAAAAUGCACCAAGGUUGCGAGUUAUACAGUUUAUUUAAACUGAGAAUAAUAAGAAACAUUCAGAAUUUUUCUGUGUUAACGAGACACUAUAGUUUAACAUGUUUUUCCGACAAAAAUACUCAAAAUUCCUUCUUGCAAUGGUAUGUUACUACACGUCUGAAGUUUGUUCGUAAGGCAAAAGGGCGUUCUACGUGCAUUGGGAGUGAGUUUUUAAUGUAAUACGUGAUUUUCUUUAAAAUGUCGUGCAUCAGAGCUUCGUUGAGCAAAAUACAUCUGAAGGAAAUAAUAAGUAACUUGCUAUACAUGGUACCAAUUUCAGCCACAAGAAGUAGAAAUAUUGAAAUGUCCAUGUGUGGACUUGUGUCUGUCAGAAAAAGGUCAAUAAUUUUAGUUGCAUGGUGUUGCAAGUCAUAUAUAAAAUAGAUGUGAUUAUUAUUUAAAAUAGAUGUAGAAGUGUGCACAGGAAGGCUCAGGGGCAGAAAGUAGCAGUGCACCUGCCGAACAAUACCUGAAUAAGAAGUUUCAGCUAGGUGAGCCAUUUUUCCACUAGCGACUCAGCAUCCUGUCAGUUUCGAUUAUAGGAGAUGAUAAUACCGGGAUGUUUCGAACUACUGGGUUUCUCCUAACAGUUGUAUAAUUUUAUCAGAAGUUUCAGCUUCUCAUCUCUAGAUCUAUUUAUGUCCAAGUUCUCACAUGAUUUACACCGUAAAAAUCUCAAAGCACUUCCUUACUCCACCAAAUUUGACUGUGUAGUG